GUUGUCCAUUAAUUUUUUUUUGUUUUUAAUUUUGGUUAGCUGAUUUAAUUUAAUAGAAAUAGCUAUUAAUACAAUCAAUCUUGAUCAUCUCUCUAGCCUCUUUCUUUAUGUUCCCGACGAAACCAGCUAGAUAUUCCUCCACAAAUAGACUAAAAAUAAUAAAAGAGGGAGUGUAAGUAUUUCUUCCCAUUUCCUCCUCCCAUCACAGUUUCCCAUAAAUAAAAGCUCUUCGAUUUUGGAAUUCAACUACAAUAAGAAGGAACGAAUUGAAUUCCCUCCUCGUCAAAGGAAAGAAAAGGAAAUGAAAUCAUCCCUGAGGAAACUGAGAGGACUUGCUGCCUUGCACAAACAUGGACAUGGUGGUGAUCAUAAAGACCGAAGGGAUCUUCUCUCUCUCGCUCAAUUAGACGAGCUCGCUAAAGCUUAUCGGGACAUGCAGGACAUGAAAGAUUGCUAUGAUAGCUUACUUUCUGCUGCGUCUGCGACUGCCAAUUGUGCCUAUGAAUUCUCAGAAUCAGUGCGUGAAAUGGGUGCUUGCCUUCUCGAGAAAACUGCAUCGAAUGAUGAUGAAGAAGGCGGUAGAGUCUUGCUGAUGCUGGGAAAAGUGCAAUUUGAACUUGAGAAACUUGUUGACUGCUAUCGAUCCCACAUCCACAAGACGAUCAUAAGCCCGUCAGAGUCUCUUCUGAAUGAGCUUCAAACAGUUGAGGAGAUGAAGCGACUGUGUGAUGAGAAAAGGUUUGUGGUACUAUUUGAAGCACCUUUAUACACUUGCACCCACACACUUAAAAAAGAAAAGAAGAGAAAAUUGAAAGCCCAGAAAUUUAAGAUAAGUUUCAUCUCCCAUUGCUACUUGGUCUACAGAGAUGUAUAUGAGUACAUGGUGAGACAGAAAGAAAAAGGGCGGGGAAGAAGUGGAAAGGGAGAGAGUGUAUCUAUGCAGCAAGUACAAGCAGCUCAUGAUGAAUAUGAUGAGGAGGCAACUUUAUUUGUUUUUCGUAUUAAAUCUCUGAAGCAAGGACAAUCUCGCAGUCUUCUAACACAGGCAGCUCGGCACCACGCUGCUCAGUUAUACUUUUUUAAGAAGGCUCUUAAAUCUCUUGAAGCUGUUGAGCCGCAUGUCAAAUUGGUCACAGAACGGCAGCAUAUAGAUUACCACUUUAGUGGACUUGAUGAUGAUGGGAGAGAUGAUGUUGAUGAUGAUGAUGAAGAUUAUGAUGAUGCCAAUGAUGAUGGAGAAUUGAGCUUUGACUAUGGACAAAAUGACCAGGAACAAGAAGUUUCCACACCAAAAAAGUCGAUGGAGUUUGUGCAGUUGGAUUCGGCGGGUGUUACAUUUCCCCAAGUUGCGACAUUGGAGAUGGCAAAGGAAAAUCUAGAUAGAAGUUACAGGACAACGUCUUCAUUUAAAGGAGAACUUCAGACAGGCACCCAAUCAGCUCCACUUUUUGCUGAAACUACAUCUGAUCCAGCUGGAAAAACAAAAAAACUGACGCCAUCAUCCACACGAAAGCUCAACACUUAUGUUUUGCCUACCCCAGCGGACCCUAAGAGUUCAAAUCCUACAGGAUCUGGUAGCCCGGUUUCUGGAACACUAAAGAUAAGUUUGAGCAGCCGCACACCCAAUUUGUGGCAUUCAUCCCCUCUCGACCAAAAAAAAAUUGAGAAGUUAUUAGGAGUUGAAAUGUCUAACAAACCCACUACUAAAAAUUCACAGUCAGUACUCAAGGAGAGCAACAACAACACCGCAUCCACCCGAUUACCUCCUCCUCUAGCUGAUGGACACCUGUUUUCACGGCUUGAACCAUUGGCUGCUUUUGAUUCUAAGAAAACCAGAAGAUAUGCCUUUUCUGGUCCUAUUACAAGCAAGCCAUUGUCUACCAAGCCGGUCUCAGCAGAACAUCCCCAAUUAUUCUCUGGACCCCUUCUGCGAAAUCCAGCGACUCAAUUAUUAUCACCUCCAAAAGUGUCUCCAAUAAUAUCACCAAAAGUAUCUCCUAGUGCUUCCCCUACUUUUGUGUCCCCGCCCAAAAUCAGUGAGUUACAUGAGCUUCCUAGACCCCCACUCAGUUCAACCUCCAAGUCUCCAAGGGCUGAAGGUUUGGUUGGUCAUUCAACCCCAUUAUUGCCCAAAGGUAGCAUGCAUCCUGGAACAAGAAAAACACCAGCGUCAAAUGUAGCAUCUCAACUGCCCACACCUUCUCAAGUUGUCACUCGCAGUUUUUCAAUACCCUCUAGAAGUCGUAGAAUAAUGGUCGCUCAGAGUUCAGGGAUUGCUGAGGAUGUUGCCUCACCUCCUCUAACCCCGAUAUCUUUAUGUAACAACUACCCAUCAUCCACCGGUUCCCAUACUGUCAAUCAGACGGUUCAAAUCAGAGGUGCCGAUUGAUUCUAUAAUUUUGUAGCGAUAGCUUUACUUCAGAUUCAGCAACCAAAAGCUGAGCUCAGAAGAUUCUCGCGUCAUUUGGUACAGGUGUAGAUCUGUAAAUAUAAUCCUUGUCUAUUGUUUUUAUAUAUGUUUGCAUGUUUAUCUUUGUUAAUCCAGUCCUUAUUCCUUACCGAUGAGCACUUGGAAUGAACCAAUUAAGUGAUUGGCUCAGGGUUUCAUCGGUGACAAAAUUUUGCUCUCCUUGGAUUUAAUAGGCAAAUUCCAUUUAUUUUCU